AUGGAGACCGUUCUGUGCGAAAUCGAAGCGGUGCUAAACUUGCAACCGUUGACACCUCUCAGUGAGGACGCUAGCGACCUUACGUGUUUGACUCCGGGUCAUUUUUUGGUUGGUGCAGCGCUAAACAGUUUUCCAGUUACAGAUUUGACAGCCGAGAACCCAGAACGGCUACUGCGCUGGCAGCGAGUGAAGCAAAUGCGCCAGCAUUUCUGGAGGCGUUGGAGCACCGAGUACAUACAUACCUUCAUCGAAAGGAGGAAGUGGAAGGCGAACCAGGGCGAGCAAUUAAAAAUUGGCCAACUCGUACUAAUUCAACAGCCAGGACUGGGGCCGUUGCAGUGGCUUCUAGGCCGAGUAGCGCAAAUACAUCCGAGAGCAGAUGGUAUCGUUCGCACAGCUACGUUACGGACUAGACAAGGACAGCUCACGAGGCCGUUGACAAAGCUGGCAGUACUUCCCAUCGGAGACGCCGACUGA